UUCCCUUCCCCAACUCCUUUGUCUUCUCUCCUUCGCUGGUCCCUGCGAACCGGGAAACUGCAGAAGCUUCUGCUGAAGGGGGACGCUAUCCUCGUACUUUGCCCUUUUCCGAGCUCUUCACUGUGUCCUCAAUCCUCUGCCGUCUUGUGCUUUCCUGUUCCCUGCGAACUGGGAGGAGCUCUGUAGCUCACUGCUCUUGUGGACAUUUUGUGUUAUUGUCGGGGAACACACAAAUAUUGUCGGGGAACACACUUGGGGUUGUUUUUCAAUGGCAGAGCCCACUGAGUUGACUCGGCAUGUUGAAGCUUACAUAGACACUUCUCGUUCUCCGGCUCAGCAGGCUGCCGCCUUGGAGGCGAUUGCUUCUCUCCUGAAGAGUGGUCGCUUGACAAUAGAAGCAAUGGUUAGAGAAAUGGGGUUGUAUUUGACCACUACAGAUGCUAUUAUCCGUGCUAAAGGUAUCCUUCUUUUGGCGGAAGUCCUUUCAUGCCUAUCAUCAAAUCCUUUGGACAAAAUUACCAUUCACAGCUUGAUAACAUUCUUCACUGAAAGACUGGCAGACUGGAAAGCCCUACGAGGUGCCCUUGUUGGUUGCUUGGCUCUGAUGAGGAGGAAUGAUCAAGUUGGUAGGGUAACACUUGACGAUGCAAAGGCAGUUUUGGAGUCCUUUUUAGAGUCUCUACAUGUUCAGUCCUUAGGACAACACGACAGAAAGCUUUGUUUCGAACUUCUGGAAUGCCUUCUAGAAAAUUAUUCUGAUGCAGUUAUUCCACUGGGCAAUCAAGUUAUUGACGGACUCUGUGAAUCCAUCGACAUGGAAAAGGACCCUGAGUGCUUAAUGCUUGCAUUUCAUAUUGUAAAGCUUGCUGCCCAACUCUUCCCAGAUCCAGAUGGUCCUCUUGCUUGUGUUGCCGAGGAACUAUUUGAGAUUUUGGGUCAUUAUUUUCCCAUCCAUUUUACUCAUCAAAAAGCUGAGGAUCUCAAUAUAACAAGGGAUAACCUCUCUUCGUCAUUAAUGCUAGCAUUUUCGUCAACGCCUUUGUUCGAGCCAUUUGCAGUUCCGCUACUUCUUGAAAAACUCUCUUCUGAUCUUCCAUCAGCGAAGGUAGAUGCCCUGAAGUAUCUCAACCAUUGCAGUUUAAAGUAUGGGCCUGAGAGAAUGGCUAAACAUGCUGAAGCCAUUUGGCGAUUACUUAAAGAUACAAUUCUGUUGUCCCUUCGAGAAUUGAUUUUAUCCUUUUCUCCAGAAUCUCUGGAUACCUUAGAAACUCCCCGGAAUGAAAUUGCAGAUGGAGCAUUAACCUUUCUAGAGACAGCUGUAGCACAAAAUAAUGACUUAUUUUUAAAUCUGAUCCUUGGUGAUGCUGAUGUGAAUCUGAUCAUUCAAAGCAUCAGCAGCUAUAAGAGUUACACUGAAAUUUCAUCAGAAAUGAAAGAGAGAGUGCAUGCUGUCGGUCGUAUCCUCGCGGUUUCUGCUAAAACUUCCAUUGCCUCCUGCAAUCGAGUUUUCGGGAGUAUCCGUCCUUGUUUGCUGGAAGCUCUGGGAAUUUCUGUUAGAGAUCUUUAUGGGAAUCAUCCGCACGGUCAUGAGCAUGUAGAUUCUGAAGAGAUUAGUUUUGGUGCUCUCUUCCUUAGUGUUCUUCUUCUUGAGGCAUCUAGGGAUUUGAUAGUGGGCUCUGAGAAAGCUACUUUUCUACCUAACUCUGGACCUGAGGCUUCUCAUAGCAUUUUUCAGGGCUUUGCUACAGGAUUUGAAAGAGCUUUUAUUUCUACAAUGUCAAGAAAUAAUUACACAGAAGUCUCCAACCCACAUGUAUUUCUCGGAGUGAAAGGUUUGCAAAUUUUUGCUACAUUUCCUGGAGGUCUAUUACCAAUUCAGGGCAGCCUAUUUGAGGAUAUUUUGACCAUGCUUGUAUCAGUCGUCACUCAAAAUUGCAAGAACGAGUGGUUGUGGACCUUGGCAAUGAAGGCACUUGUCAAUAUUGGCUCCUAUAUUUUUAAAUAUCAUCAGCCAGAGAAAGGCCCUAGUUUCAUGGCUAUUGUGGUUGAGAAGAUUAGUUCACUGUUGACUUCAACUGAACUUGGGAUGCCUUAUCCGCUCAAACUGGAAGCAGCCUCAAAUGUUGGAAUGAUCGAGAUGAAUUAUAUGCUGAGAAUUGUUCGAGGAGUAGAAGAAGCUUUGUUCACUAAUUUAUCAGAGAUUUAUACCCAGGUAAAUAUUAAAUCAGCUGAAGAGACUGUGCAACUUCUGCAUUGCUACUCUACGAAGAUUCUUCCAUGGAUGCAGGAAUCUGGAGGAACUGAGCAGGUUCCCAUGCAGUUUGUGGCUGCUUUAUUAAGUCAAAUCGAAGGCUGCAAUGAUUUGAGUUCUGUAGCAGAGGAAAAGGGAAUUAUGGAUGCAACUAUGGAAGCGGUGAAGUUUGCUGUGGGAAGCUGUUCAGAGGCAAGUCAGAAUAUAAUAGUUGAGAAGACUUGCAGCAUUCUUUCCUCAAGCUCGUAUUUUUCAGUAGAUGAGUACUCAUUUCCUACUCUUCCGAUUGAGAUGGAGGGUUUGCUAUCGACUAAUGAGCUGGAAAGCAUGCCUGCUAAAGAAAAAUGGGUGCUUUCGUUGUUUGCUUCUGUAAUUAUAGCAUUACAUCCAACUACUCACAUUUCAAAUGUUAGAGCAGCUAUACAUCUUUUUAUGAGAACAUUCCUUAAGGGCCACAUUCCGUCAGCGCAAGCAUUGGGCUCAAUUGUAAAUAAAUUAUGUCCCAGGCAAAAUGGAGAGAGGGUUCCAAGUGAUUGUUCAUUGGAAGAAGCAAUCGAUCUAAUUUUCAACCUUUCCAUGAGAUAUCCGGGGAAAAGCAAGAUCACUCUCUCUGAUAUAUGUCAUGCUGCUUCAACCAAUAAAUCACUUCAGAUCAGUGCCCUUGUUGGUCUUGCAUGGAUAGGGAAAGGAUUGCUGAUGCGAGGUCAUGAUAAGGUUAAGGAUAUAACUAUGAUUUUCCUCGAGUGCUUUUUGCCUACCGAUGGAAUGUCCUCAAAGCAAGCUUCACCAGAAGAAGAACAAGAUCAGAAUUUGCAUUCAUCUGUGAUGAAAUAUGCUGCUGAUUCCUUUCGUAUACUCAUGAGUGACUCAGAAGAUUGUUUGAAUAGAAGAUUCCAUCCAAUUAUACGGCCCCUAUACAAGCAACGAUUUUUCUCGAUCAUGUUACCCAUUUUUCAAUCUUUAUUUGUGAAAUGUGAUUCAUCACUUACAAGAUCACUCCUUUAUCGGGCAUUUGCUCAUGUUGUGUGUGAAGCACCUCUAAUUGCUGUCUUGGGUGAAGCUAAGAAGCUCAUUCCAUUGCUGGUGGAUGCUAUAUUGAUAUUUAGCAAGGAUGAUGCUGGAAAGGAUCUGAUGUACAGUCUCUUGCUGGUGUUGUCUGGGAUUUUGAUGGAUAAAAAUGGGCAGGACGCUGUUAUUGACAAUGCAUCAAUGAUCAUUAAUUGUCUCAUUAGUAGCAUUACUUAUCCUCAUAUGAUGCCUGUUCGAGAGACAGGACUCCAAUGUCUCUUUGCUAUGUCCACGCUGCCCCACACUAGGGUCUAUCCCUUGAGAACGCAGGUAUUGCAAGCUAUUGCAAGGGUUUUAGAUGAUCCAAAGAGGGUUGUUCGUUUAGAAGCUGUAAGAUGCCGGCAAGCGUGGUCUUUCCUCUGCUGAGAAAGGUGGCCUCGAAUAACAUUCUUCCAGUCCCAGAAAUCACGUGACAAUGUAAAUAUAUCUGGUAAAGCAUUCGGCUAAGUUACUAUUUGUAGAUAUUUGAGUGCAUAGAGGUCCUGAAAUGUAAUUCAAUUACUUGUUUUGAGAUAUUGUUGGAAAAGUUGGUUCACGGCAUUCGACUGCAGAA